ACUAUUAUGAUAGUAUGAUAAUAUUCAAUGGUCGAAACUCUAAACGACUAUAUAAACGCAUUAACGCAGUUUUUAAGUAUAAUCUAGGAACAGAAUACAGAUUGUAAUUUGCACUUCUAUUUUCUGCAUAAACAGCAGUAGAGCUGAUUUAAAAUUCUGUCGUCAUUAACUCUAAAGACUCAAUGUUUUUAUAAUAUAUUCUAUAUUUUUAUGACAAUGUUACAUUAACCACAGAAAAUAGAAAUACAGAUUACUGAAUACCAGUGCUAUGGAAAUUCUUGUUGAAUCACUAUUCAGUACUCACUAGGCACAAAACAAUACUUUAAAUUCAAAAUGUCUGUUAAACAAGAGCAUCCUUUAAAUGUAAGUCUAGAAACAAAACUAAACAUUAAAAGAAGUAAAAGUGAUGAAGAUUCUGAUGAAACUGAAACUCCAGAUAAUAAAGCUGAAGAAACAAAAAUAGUUAAUACUGAAACAGAAGCAGUGGUUGAAGAGAGGCCAAUUUUUAUUUGCAAAAACUGUAAUCUGACAGAACGAUAUGAUUGUUUCAAUGACCAUGUAUCAUUUAAUCGUAACGUGGGAACAAAAGUGGAUUAUUAUUUAGCAAGAGAUCCAUUUUCUCCACGCAGUAAAAGGCAAUUCUUAAUCUUAGGAUCGGUAUGUUCUAUGUGUGACAAAGAUGUUUGUAUAAAACCUGAAUGCAGUAUAUUUUAUUCAAAGUUUUUCUGCUCUACUUGUGCAAGAAAAUAUAUUUCAAAUUUUCCUACAUGUGUUCAAAAAAAAAUCAAAGCAGCAAAAAUAAUUUAG